CUAAGCUUCAUUACUAGGUAUAGGCUCUUAUUUUGAAGGUGAACCCAAACAAACAGAUGGUUUGUACAUCAAUACAUGAUCGUUCAGAGUCUGAUCUUGUUGGAAAAACUUAAUUUACUGGUUGUUUAAGAUAAAUUUGGGCCCCGUAUAUUUUUUUAUACUGGUGGUAUAUUAAUACUGGUGCAUAUAGGUGGAAAAUAUCAUUUAGAAACAAAUAAUCUGACCGUAUAGAUCAUACAUUUAACUUCAUAUCAACGUCUGUCACGCACCUGCGCGUGCGUGCGUCAUCUUAACGCCAUGGAAACAACGAUGACGCGCAGCCGAACUCCUAUAAAAGACCUGCUGCUCUUUCGACUGUCAUUCUGCACUUGGAUUUGGAGCUGAGCUGUUAGAGAAACUGGGAGCUGGACUCUGGAGAUUUGAAACGCUGGAAAGCAUCUGAAGAAUGGACCUUGUUGAAGAACAAACUCGGUGGAUUAGUGACAGAAGAAGAAGAAAACCGACCCGCUGGACAAACGGAUCAGACAGAAGAGCAGCUGCUGUUUGGAGGCCUGACAGACCUGGAGAGUCAGCACACAGGUCUCCUGAUGUGAUUGUGGACCUUCCCACCUCUGAGACGACAGAAAAGUGGCCUUUGAAUGCUGUUCUGUACACGUUUUAUAAAAUGCACUAUUUUUUUUGUUCUUAUUCUUUGCCUUGUCUUCUCUUUUAUUGUCCUUCUUUCAUCAUGUUUUCUGCCUUCUUCCUCUCCUACUACUCUUCUUCUUGUCUGUUUUCUAAUCCUUCUUCUUCCUCCCUCUCCUCCUUUUUCUCCCCCUCUCGUCAUCUCAUCCCUUUCCUUCCAUUGUUUUGUCCUCCUCUUUCCCCCUUCCUUCUGCUUCUACUGCCUCCAGUUUUUUUCUCCAUUUUCUUCUCCUCUUCUGUCUUUUUCCCCUUCCUUUGCCUCCAUUCUGCUUUUUCCUUCAUGUUCUCUUCCUUUCUCUUAACUACUUUUUCUUCUUCACCUUCUUCUCUCCCUCGUUCCACUCAUUAUUCUUUCGAUUCCUUCUUUACCUCCAUCUUCUUUUCCUUCUCCUUCUGUCAUCUUCAUCAUCUCUUCAUCCCUCUACUUCUUGUUUUCCUUUAUCCUUUUCUCCACCUCCUUCACUUCCUCCUUCUUCCUCCUUUCUUUUUCUUUUUCUCCUCUUCCUAUUCUGUCAUCUUCUUAGCCUUUUCUCUUCUUCUGUCUUCUUGUCCUUCUUUCUCCUCCCGUCAUUUUCCUCUUCUUCUUUCAUCUCCUCUUCCCUCCACCCUUGUUCUCCUUCUCCCUUCUCUAUUACUCCUCCUUCCAUCUUUCUCUUCUUUCUCCUCUUCCUUCAGUCUUUGUCUCCUUCUUUCUCCUCCACUGUUUUUGUUUUUGUUUCUUUGUCAUUUUCAUUUUUCUCAUUCUUUUAUUCUCCUCCUCGCUUCAUUGUCUCCUUACACAACUUCCUUUACUCCUUGUUCUUGCAUUUUCUUUCUGUCCUUCAUUCUUUUGUUCUUCUUCUCCUUCUUUUUGUCACUCUUGUCUUCUCCUCGUCCUUCUUUUUCCUCUAUUUUCUUCACAUUUUACUUCCUGUUCUACUUAUUCUUUUUAAUUUCUUCCUCUAUUACUCCUUGUUCCCCCUCUUUCUACUCUUCCUCACUCUAUUGUUUUGUCUCCUCCUUCUCUUGUCUUCCUUCUCCUUCUGUCUUGUCAUUUUCUUAUCCCAUCUUCCUAUUUUGUUACUCCUUCUUCCUCUCCUUUUUUCUUCUUCUCUUCCCCUUUCUUCUUGAGUUGUCCUCCUCCUUUCUCUCCUAG